GUUGCACUUGGCAACGUUGCACAAACGUUUCGAAGAAAUAGUUUCUCCUGGCUUCGUUAAAGCACGGACGUCAGGUGUGUUUCGUUAUGGUUUCUUUAGUUUUUUGAUAUAAACCAAAAUAAAAUCAAAUAUGUGGCUGUGUAUUUAAAAACGGUUUAUUGUUAAACGAAUAUAAUUAGUUUUUUUUUUAAGAAAAUUAGUGGUUGAAGUUACCAGUUAGGUUAAUUGCAAAGGUAUUUUUACCUGUACUGUAUCAAGACUGUACGUAGAUAAGCUAAUAUCCAUCUGGGCGUAGAAAAAAAAUAUUUUUAUUCUAACUACUAAAGAUAACAUGGACUGGAUAUGGAAAUUAUGAAAUACCGGAUACAAAAUUUGAACAAUACCUGGAUCCAACUUUCGGAUACAUAUAAAGUAUCCGGUUACUGUAUCUGGAUACAGAAGUAUCCAACUCUGCUAAAAAUGAUAGUGAUCAAAUUAUUGAAGGAGCCCUGAACCCAAACCUAAUUGGGAGAAUCUGCCGAAACCCCGAAAAGCAGAGAGAUUGCUAAAAGGAGAGCAUGAUGUCACCCACAACAAAAGAAUCGACAGUACUGGUAAAUGGCAAUGUUGAUGGUACCGUCGACGUGACACCGAGUUUCGUCCUCACGUCGGACAAAUCCCAGAGUUCCGAGCAAAACAAGAGCCAAUGCUCAUCCUUAUCGGAUGUGGAGAACUUCGAGUGGUCCCCGGAAACCUUAGAAAUCGACGCCGAUACCACAUUGAACGGAAACAACUCGGGAAAUGAUCCUAGGACUGUAAAUGGUAUAAACAGAAACACUUGGUUGCGAACAAGCUUGAGACGAUCGUCGCCGAACCAUCAAGACAAUCUCUCGAAUAGGAGAUGGGGUUCAUUUCGACACAAUGGACGCCGUCAACAACUAGGAUCAAAUGCAUUAGCCAGUCAAUUAUAUCGCAGUUCCAGCUUCAAUUCGUCGGGCAGGAGUAGCACGUGCGACACCACUGAUGACAUGUACUCGGAUGCUUCCUUGGAGGAGGAUGUGCAGGAUCUACAGAAGAAGUUCCAGGUACUCCAACAACAGCUCGGCACCUUACAAGACAACGCAAAUCAAAAUGACGAACGAUACACCCGGGCGAAAUCUGACAAUGCCGCCCUACAGGCCAGGGUCAUAAUGUUGGAGGAACAAGUUAGAGAAACAGAAUUUAGAUACGAAGAAAAACUCCAGGACGAGCAGAGGCGAACCAAAGAACUGGUGUCUAGGUUAGAAAGAGAGAAACAAUUACUACUCGAAAACGUGAACAUAAGACUGCAAGGAUCUGAAGCCGAGUGCGCGAAUUUGAAAGAAGAGAUUGGCCGACAACGAGUCCAAUUGGAAAAAUUAGACGACCAACGGCAAAUUUUGCACGAACAAAACCAAGAGUUGGCGGGUUUGUUGAGCGCGACCAAAGACGAGAUGAAGAUGAUGAAGGAUCAGGAAGUUCGAUUAAAGCGAGAGUAUGAAGCUCAAGCCCAACUGUCUGAAGACCUUUCGAAGGAGAUAGAAAGGCUGCGGCUGGAAGCCAGAACGCCAGCCCUUCCUACUACCUCUCCUGAAACGUUGAGAUUAGACGAGCUACACGAGGAAAUGUCGAAUCUGCGAUCGGAAAACUCGCGAUUGAGAGAAGUGAACGAGGAAUUGCAGGCGAGCCUCCUACACGCCGGUUUAGAAACGGGCAGGAUUCUUUCAAUAGGCGAAAAUAGCUUGGCGGCCGAAUUGGAUGUCAUGUCGCAGGACGAGGUACAUCAGGCGUUGAAGGAGCAACAAGAAGUGAACAGGCAACUCAGGACGUAUAUCGAAGGCAUCCUAUUGAACAUUGUGGAAAACCAUCCACAACUGCUGGAAGUCAAACACACCGCCUGUGCAAAUGUAACAUUGUGAUUUAAAAAAAAAUAAUUUCGUGAUACCGCUGCUGGACAGUAAACUAAAUAAAUAUUACUAAGCACUUGUUAAAAUUUCAACACGAACGCGUGGAACAAUAAAAUUUCAACUAUAUUUUCCCAAAAUCCUUUUUAGGUGUAUUUAUACAUAGAAACAAAUGGAAUUUUACAUGUAAAAAAUGUGAAGAUAAAUUUUUAUACCUUCUAGUGUAAUUUACAGUAUUUUUUUAUUACUUAUUUUGAAAUUUGAACAAAAGAUUACAAUAUUUUAUCGUUGUAUAGGUAAAAAAGUUAAAGAUUGUUUGUAUUUUAUUUGAUCUGAUUUACAAAUUGUUAAAUAAAUUUUUUAUAUCGAAUCAAUACCGUAAAUUGUGGCAUCAAAAGUUACCAACAAAUUUAUCUGUAAUUUUAAAAUUUAGUUAGAAUUAUGAAAUUUGGGUGAUCAAACCGGAAUUUCUUUUUUCUGAAUAACAGUUAUUAUCUAUAUAUUAUUAAAUGGACUGAUUUCUAUUGAUGCGAACCAUCUUUUAAAGAUAACAUUUCUCAAUGUAGAAUCUAGACAAGUUUGUUUAGGCGUUAUAUUUUUUCUCAUUUUCCAUUGUUUUACCAAACAUCGCAUUAAUGAAACUUUUUUUAUAGGGUUAUAACAAAGAAUAGUAUGUUUUAUAUAACAAGAGUUGAAGAUUGUUUACUAUACCUUUUUUUACCUUGAAGAUCUUGGUCAUUUAAACAAGCUUUUUGUCCACAAUUAAGUAAUUCCCAUUUAAAUACUAUAAAAAACUUAUUCAAAAUUAACUUUUUACAAAUUGUUGACUCACUGUGCGAUAAAUAAUAAUUAAAUUUUGUAUUCAUUAUUGAUGAAUUCAUUAGGAAAUAUUUAAUUUGUACUUUCUACCUUUUAACAAGUACAUUUUCUUUUAUUUGUAAAAAUGUAUUAAAUAUAUUUUAUGAAUCUAACCUUUGUAUACAGUAUGGCCGUCCUAUGUGUGAUUACUCUGUGAUUAAAUGUGUUGGAAACGAUUAGAAUUGUACAAUUUUAGUACUUAAAAUAUCAGUUUCAAUUAGAAGUAUCAAUAAAGUUUACUACCGUAUUCGAGGCAGAUAGAGUAACAGGGUAUUCGAAUUACAGUACAUUUUGAGUGCAAUAAAACUUCUAAAAUCUUUUCUAAAACCACAGACUUUGCACUGUUUUCUAUGCAAGUCUGUUGGAAAUGUAUAAAUAAUCUGGAUAGUUAGUUAUAUUCCAGUUGGAUUUUUAAUUAUUGUUAGAUGUAUAUUAUUGUAUCAAAGUUAAAAUGUAAAUUAUAUAUAUGUGCAGAUGUUAAUGAGUUCUCUGUCUGUGAGAUCACAUUGGUUUUUGUACUAUUUUUUGUAAAAUUCUGUAAUUUUAUCUUCUUUAUAGUUUUAUUGAAUUAUUUUAAGACACAAUUUUAUUGUAUUAUAUUCUUUUAAAACUUUUAAUGCAUUUUUCUUACAUCCACAUGUUUAAAUAAUUCUAUACUAUAGAGAACCAACCUGGAAUUAUCUCUAGGGUUAAAAUAUAAAAAUAUAAAUUAAAAAAAUAAUUUAAUAUCAACAAUACAGAAAUAAACCAAUUACAUUUGCCCGCAUUGAACAAUAGUAACGGGUAUUUUUGGUUUAUUAUUAGGUCCAGUAGGAACAUUUUCGAUUUUCCUCAUUACUAAUAGUCCAUCGAUUACUCUUCCAAAAACUACGUGUUUACUGUCCAAAAAAUUACACUUAGCACAAGUGAUGAAAAACUGACAACCGUUAGUGUCUUUACCACUGUUCGCCAUGGAUAAAAGUCCGGGUGUGUCGUGUUUUAACGUAAAGUUCUCAUCGGAAAAAGUACCGCCUCCAUAGAUACUCAUAACGCCUGUACCAUCACCAUUGACAAAAUCACCUCCUUGGAUCAUGAAGUCCUUUAUUACUCUGUGAAAGCCUGCUCCUUUGUAGCCCAGCGGUACCGCGUCUUUUCUAAAUUCUCCAGUGCAAAACUGUCUAAAAUUUUCACUGGUUUUUGGAACUACAUCAGCAAAAAGUUCAAAAAUCAUCCUACCAAUUUCAGUUGUGCCUACUGAGACAUCAAAAAACACCACUGGAUUCGCGGGAUGUCUUAGCUGUGAUUGAAUUUGAUUCCAAUUAGGCAUUUUAAUAUUUUUAAUACUAAUAUAAAAAAAAUUAAACUAGGACUAACUAUAUGUUUACUUCUUUGAAAUGAAAACCUAACCACAAAAACUAAAUUGGAUUCUACGUAUCGACCAAGGGCGAGCCACGAGCCACUGAUCUG